AAUUACUGCCAAAAUCACCAUCAUUGUUAUUAUUAUAUUGAAUGAAUAUAUUAUAUAUGAAUAUAAAACUCCAGUCGCGAUCAGACACAUCAUUUGCAAUUGAAUUUCAACUUUAAAAGUUCAAUUUUUUUUUCUCUCUCUCUCUGCUACUCUUUGUCCAUUAAUUGAAUUUCUUGCUCUGCUCAUUCAAUUCAUGAUGAGAAUGAAUGAACAAACGAACGAAAUCUUUGUAGAAUAACGCCUGGCUUAAUCAUCAUCAUCAUCAUCAUCAUCAUAUGUGAUUUGCCCUGGUGACAUAUUAUAAUCUUGUCAAAAGGAUCCAAUCUAUAUGACAACCGUAUUGGCGUCAUUAUUAUCACAUUGAUGAUUGUCAUAGCGAUUUUUUUUUCAGGGUUAUCGAUUAUCGUCAUCCAAAUAGCGACAAACACAAUCACCACCAUGAAAGAUCAUCCAAAUCAACAACAACAAACGCAGCAGCAGCAGCAACAACAAACGAUACGUGUAUCGCCCAUUUUCAAUCUACUUGAUUAUAAUAUUAAAAUCAAUGAUGUAUGCUGGAAUCAGGUUAAAAUGACCAGUAGUAAAUGGAUAUCAUGUUGUCAUCGAAUUAUUAAUCAAUCACGUAAUAAUAAUCAACAUCAAGAUAGUCAUAGCCAUCAUAAUAAUCAUCAUCAUCAUCAUCAUGAAUUAUCACCAUCACCAUUUAAUACAUUUAGUGGACGUCGAAAUAAUCAUCAUCACCAUCAUCCACAUCGAUGGUAUUCACCAUCAAUGCAAUCGGAAAAUUCAUUUCAAUCAUUCAUUAUGAAUCAAUCGCCAACAAAUUCAUCAUCAUUCUGUUCAUCAUCAUCAUCGACAGCUACUACAGCCAAUACAAGUGAUUGUGAUUGGACUAUUGAUCGAUUAACACAAUCAUCAUCAUCAUCAUCGUUUUCUUCGAUACGUUCGAUGCCAUUUCCAACAACGCCUAUACGUCCAUUACCGCCUCAUCAUCAACAACAUUUAACAUCAUCAAAAUUUCAUCGUGAUCUCCCUCCAAUGGCACGUAACCAUCAUUAUCCAUAUUCGAAUCAUUUUCGAUCAAAAGAUGAUUCAAUGAUGAUGAUGAUGAUGCAAAAUGCCAGAUCACCAGCACAAUCAUCAAAUAUACAAAGUGUCAUUACAUUGAUCAAUCCAUUUGAAUAUUUAUUAAUUAAUUGUGAAACAAAUCUGGAUACAAAUUGUGCACAAAUUAGUCCCGAACAGGAUAUUAUUGCUGUAUCGAAUGAAUAUUGGCUUGCAUUCUAUUCAAUACGUGAUAAUGAUUGUUUUGGUAUGGUACAAUUUCCAAAUAAAUGUCUAUAUUGGACAUGGAUCAAUAGUGAUUCAGUUGCAAUUAUAACCGAAGACGAUGUUUAUCAUUGGUCCAUAAUGAUGGAUCCCAGUGGACAACAAUUAUCGUUACAUGAUAAUUCACCGAAAAUGAUAUUUUCAUUGAAUGAAGAUUUUAAACAUUAUCAAAUUGUCAACUAUAGUAUCGAUCCAUUGUAUGGAUAUUGGUCAGCAUUGACCGCACUCUAUCUUGAAGAUGAUGAAAUAUGUGGUAAAAUACAAAUUCAUUCACAAUCCUAUGGACAAAGUCAAUGUAUAGAUGCACAUGUAGCCACAUUUGUUGGCUAUCGUUUCGAAGGAAGUGCCAAUGAUUCAAUUUUAUUAAUUGCCUGUAAACGUGAUACAAUUCAUCUUUGGAAGCUAUAUAUAAUCGAAUUGAGUACUACGGCCAAUCCAGCUAAUAGUUAUUAUAAAAAUCGUCCAAUGAAAAGUCAACAUUUAAUGUUACAUGGAUUCCAACGAACAACAACAAAUUUCACAUCAUUACGUAAUAAUAAUCUUCAUAAUAAUAAUCAUCAUGAUGAUCAUGAUGAACAAAUGCAAUGUCACAAAGAAGACCAUAACGCACAACAACAACAACAACAUCCAUCGUCUUCAUCACCAUCAUCAUCAUCAUCAUCAUGCACAACAACAGCAAAGAAUCAAUUUGUACAAUAUGAUGACAUUCCUACGCAUAUUGUUUGUGAUAAUUAUAUUGGCCUUAUAUUCAUUAUAUCUAAAUAUGGUUCUAUCUAUAUUUGUGAUCUCGAAACUGGAAUACCAUUAUAUUAUGAUAUAUUGAAACAAUGGACAGAUAAUGUAGCCAUAUUUUCAAUAUCAUAUGAUUCGAAAAAUUCCUGCCUUUUAGCCUUAUGUCGUAAUGGUCGUGUAUUGGUCAUAAAGAUUUUAUUGAAAAAAUUAUUAGAACAUAAAAAAUUACAAUCAAAUAUUCGUAAUCGUAUUAGUCAAAGAAUUCAUUGUAGAAAAUUAUCACGUAUGUCAUCCACACCAAAUAAUAAUAAUGAUAAUGAUGAUGCCGUAAAAAAUUAUCGUACAGUCAGCAUAUCUGUCAACAACAACAGCAGCAGCAGCAACAAUAACAACAACAACAACAAUACAAGGAAAAAGAUGAACGCUGAUGAUAAACAUUCGAAUCGAUCAUCAUCGAUUAUAAUAAUCGAUGAUGAUGAUGAUGAUGAUGAUGGUAGAAACAAUCGAUCCAAAAAACAAACACCAUCCGAUAAUCAACAACUACCAGCAUCAUUUUAUAUUGAUCAAGAUGAUCUUGUCGAAGAGAUAACACGAUUGUGAUCCUGAAACAAAAACAAAACAAACGAACAAAAAAAACCUGAAAACCUCAAAUACUCAGAAAAAAAAUGAACUGAAAA